GUAAAAAAACAAACUCCAACGCUUCUUUACAAUUAGCUUCGGUUCCGAACCACCACGCAUGACCGUUACACCGAGCCGAAAUUUAAAAAGCAUUCCCCAAGUUUCCACUCUGUUUUCCAACUCAUAAUCUCACGACAUCCCAACCACCGUUUCAAAAUCCACAAACCCCUCCUUCUUUCUCUCUCUAAAUUCCCAGAAUCACCUGAAAAUGGUGUCCAAGAUCGUCAUCAAGAGAACGCCGACGAAAUCGAUCAAGGACUGCCGGAGCAGCAGCAGCCGCCGCCACCGACGCAAAUCGCCGGCGAAGAAAGCCGCCGCCGCCGUCCUCGCCGCUGUCAACAAGUCGAUCUUCACCUGCCACAAGCGCCUCAUCAAGAUCUUCUCCAAGCUGGCUCAGAUAGGCACUCCGAAUCGCAACAAAGGCUACAAUAUCCUCAAGAAAACGCCGGAAUCUGACUCCAGAUCGGCCCGAUCCAAACCGGAAACCCUAGCAGUUCGCCGAUCGCUCGCCUUCGACGGCCUUCUACCGCCGCCGACCUCACUGGAGAAGCGGACAGUGUUUCUCGACCUCGACGAGACGCUGGUCCACUCGCAGGCGGAUCCGCCGCCGGAGAGGUUCGAUUUCGUGGUGCGGCCGAGGAUCGACGGCGAGGUCAUGAACUUCUACGUGCUGAAGCGUCCCGGCGUGGACGAGUUGCUGGAGUGGCUGGCUGCAAAGUACGAGGUGGUGGUGUUCACGGCGGGGCUGAGGGAAUACGCGUCGCUCGUGAUCGACCGGCUCGACAGGAAGAGCCUAAUUGCUCACCGGCUCUACCGCGACGCCUGCAAGGAGGUCGACGGGCGGCUCGUGAAGGACCUCUCGGAGUCGGGGAGGGAUUUGAGGCGCGUGGUGAUCGUGGACGACAAUCCAAACUCCUACUCGUGCCAGCCGGAGAACGCCGUCCCGGUGAGGCCGUUCGUCGACGAUCUAGGCGACCGCGAGCUCGGAAAAUUGGUAGGGUUUUUUGAGGGAUCUGAUUGUUUUGAUGACAUGAGGGACGCUGUGAGGCAUUAUCUUGCUUAUGGAAAUGAAAAAUUAGAGACUUUGCAAUUGUAAUCUCUUUUUCUCUCUUUUGGAUGGGGAGUUGAUUUGUAUUGAGAAUUCAAUUUGUUGAACAAGUAAUUGUUCAAAUGUUAAGUGAAAGCAUAAUGAAA